GUGACGGUUGCUUCGUGUGAGCGUGACGGCUACGUUGGAGUAUGCUGCGGCCGGAGCUGGUGCGAAUUUUAACAGAGAGUGACUAUCUGUCAAAAACGUGGAGCGAAGGCUUUCCGGCGGCCGACCCACGGCGGGAGUUACGACGGAGCGAAGACCCGAGAGCCCCGGAAGGAGACACGCCGUUUGACUUCGCCCCGCAACGAAUACACCUUCAUAAGGACCACGAGAUCUUUGAGGAUGGGGACAUUCACAGACACCUGUACAUGCAAAACCUCUCUAUCUGGGAGACCGAGGACAAGCCCAAACUCAGUGUGUCCGAGUUUGGAUGUCACAUCUCAGGGUGCAAUAAGGUGUUCAGCAGUGUGGCUGAGUAUGAGCAUCAUUACAACGCCCUACACAGACACAUCUGCUGCUCCUGCCACCUCUCGCUGCCCUCCGCCCGUCUCCUGGACAUUCACAUCCAAGAGUGGCACGACUCCCUCUUCAGCAUCCUUGCCCAAAGACAAGAUAUGACCUUGUCUUGGCUGAGGCUCGGAAAGUCACCAUGCCGGAGAGCAGUAGUGAAGGCGAUCAGGAGGAGCCACCACCUGCUAAAACUCCACACCUUUUCUCUGGCUACCGGAAGAAAAGCAGCAAGAAGAAUUGUAGACCAUGGCUCAUCUGUCAAGGCUGAGCUCAUUCGCUACAUCCAGGUGUCCUCUGAUGAAGAAGAAGUGGACUGGCUGGAUUUCUGGAAAAGGCGUGCAAGGCUCCAUCUUGUGGCUAUGAGAGUGCUCGCUGUUCCUGCCACCAGUGCACCAGUGGAGAGGGAAGCUGGUGAUCCAUGGACAAAUGGCGGGGGAUACAGUGAGCUGGGAGAGUUUGGAGAAGAUUUCUGGAAUGGGGGUGUUGAACGCCGAGCUGAAGUCUACAAACAGGAUCCUUGCAUAUGUCACUGGGUAGUCAAGGUGUUUCAGGAUGUAGUGCAGUCCCAUGUUGACUGCAUCAUCUACUGA